AGGAGGAUUCAGGAUGGAGGGCACCAUCAGGACCCUUCUAUGCGCACUGCUGGGACUGCUGCUCAUGUCCACUUCAGGGGUCCUGGGUGCCAACCCCGGCGUGGUGGCCAGGAUCACUGACAAGGGCCUGGAGUAUGCGGCUAAGGAGGGGCUGCAGGCUCUGCAGAGGGAAUUGCAGAAGAUCACGUUGCCUGAUUUCAGCGGGGACUUCAAGAUCAGCAGCUUUGGCCGUGGGCACUAUGAGUUCCACAGCCUGGAGAUCUACAGUUGUGAGCUGCAUGGUGCCAGCCUGAAGCCCCUCCCCGGCAAGGGCCUGAGUCUCUCCAUUUCCGACACCUUCAUCCAGGCCAAGGGCAAGUGGAAGGUGCGGAAAUCCUUCCUGAAGCUUCAGGGCUCCUUUGACUUGAACGUCAAGGGCAUCAGCAUCUCAGGUGACCUUCUCCUGGGCAGUGAGCCCUCGGGGAGGCCCACCGUCACCGUCUCUGCGUGCAGCAGCCGCAUCUGCGACGUGGAGGUGGAGAUAUCCGGAGAUCUGGGGUGGCUACUGAAUCUCUUCCAUAACCAGAUCGAGUCCAAGUUCCGAAGAGAGCUGGAGAGCCAGAUUUGCAAGAUGGUCCAGGACUCAGUGACCUCUGACCUACAGCCUUACCUCCAAACUCUGCCAGUCACGGCAGAGAUCGAUAACGUCCUGAGCAUUGACUACAGUUUGGUGGAGGCCCCUCGAGCCUCAGCGCAGACGCUGGACGUGAUGUUUAAGGGUGAAAUUUUUAACCAGAAUCGCCGCUCGCCAGUAGCGGUCCUUGAUCAGGUCAUGAGCCUGCCGGAAGAGCACAAGCAGAUGGUCUACUUCGCCAUCUCGAGUCACGUCUUCAAUGUAGCCAGCCAGAUCUAUCAUCAGGCAGGGUACCUGGGCUUCUCCAUCACAGAUGACAUGAUGCCGCCUGACUCUAACAUCCGCCUGAACACCAAGGCCUUCCGCACGUUCGCCCCCAAGAUAGCCAGACUGUACCCCAACAUGAACCUGGAGCUCCAGGGAAAAGUGGUCUACGCCCCCCUCCUGGAUGUCAGUCCUGGAAGUCUGUCCUUGGCCCCCAAGAUGGAAAUCGAGGGCUUUGUGCUCCUGUCUGACUCCGACCGCGAGUCCAUCUUCCGGCUUGCUGUGAACACUACUGUAUCUAUCACGUUAAACUUCAAUAACAGCAAGAUUACCGGCUUCCUGAACCCAGAAAAGGUACAAUUGGAAAUGAUAGAAUCCAAAGUCGGAACAUUCAAUGUGGAGCUAUUUCAAGCGUUCCUCAACCACUUCCUUCUCAACACUGUCUACCCGGAAGUCAACGAUGACCUGGCCAAAGGCUUCCCCCUCCCUCUGCCAAAGCGGAUUGAGCUCUACGACCUUGUUCUCCAGUUCCACAAGGACUUCCUGUACUUGGGCGCCAAUGUCCACUACAGGAGACUUUGAGAACAAGAAGAAUGGCGGCCGCAGCUGGAUCUGCCAGUCGCAAAUUCCAGAUGUGCAGCAUAGCUCCAGAGCUUCUCAGAAGAAAAGUCGUUUCUGUCUCAGGCUGGAGAGAUGGCUCAGCAGUUAAGGCACUUGCCUGUGAAGCCUAAGAACCUAGGUUUCAACUCCCAGGACCCAUGUAAGCCAGAUGUCUUUAGUUCAU